AUGGCUUCUUCUCUCAAUCUAUCCACACCCUCUCUCUCGUCUUCACGGGCAUGCAAAAAUUUCAAAGUGUUCAAUCAGCUGAGCAGUAUAAAUUCAUCUAAGCUACAAAUGCGUGGCUCAAAUUUGCUGUUUGUUCGGCGAAGCUCUAAAUUCCCUUCAUGUCUCAAUGCUUUGAGUAGAAUUAAAUCUGCGUUGACCUCUGGAGGAGGAGACUUAAAUAACGAAGAUAUGGUUGGUGUUGAAUCGGCACAACCCGAUCCAGUAGCACUUGGAAUACUGGGAGUAGACACAGAAGACAGUGGUUUUGCUGAUGUUAACGAUGACUUUGAUUCGGACAGUCCAACAAAAGGUUUUGCUUCCAUUCCCGAGGCUAUCGAAGACAUUCGUAAUGGAAAGAUGGUAGUGGUUGUAGAUGAUGAGGAUAGAGAAAAUGAAGGGGACCUAAUAAUGGCAGCACAGUUGGCAACACCAGAGGCUAUGGCUUUUAUUGUGAAGCACGGAACUGGUAUAGUUUGUAUAAGCAUGAAAGAGGAAGAUCUAGAGAGAUUGGAGCUUCCUUUAAUGGUCAACAGUCGGGAUAAUGAUGAGAAACUCCGCACAGCAUUCACUGUGACUGUGGAUGCCAAACAUGGUACCUCCACAGGGGUGUCAGCUCAGGAUAGGGCAACCACAGUUUUGGCCCUUGCAUCCAAAGAUUCUAAACCAAGUGAUUUCAACCGCCCAGGCCAUAUUUUCCCUCUAAAAUACAGGGAAGGUGGUAUCUUGAAGAGAGCUGGACACACAGAAGCUUCAGUUGAUCUGGCAGUACUUGCUGGUUUGGACCCUGUCGCAGUUCUAUGUGAGGUUGUGGAUGAUGAUGGUUCCAUGGCUAGAUUACCUAAGCUCCGCCAGUUUGCUGAGCGUGAAAAUUUGAAAAUUAUAUCUAUUGCUGACUUGAUAAGGUACAGAAGAAAGAGAGAUAAAUUAGUGGAUCGUGCUGGUGCUGCACUAAUACCCACAGUGUGGGGGCCAUUCACAGCUAAUUGUUAUAGGUCACUUUUAGACGGGGCGGAGCAUAUUGCGAUGGUAAAGGGUGACAUUGGGGAUGGAUGUGAUGUUCUUGUGAGGGUACACUCAGAGUGUCUCACAGGAGACAUAUUUGGAUCUGCCAGAUGUGACUGUGGAAAUCAGCUUGCUCUUGCAAUGCAACAGAUUGAGGCUGCUGGUAGAGGCGUGAUGGUAUAUCUUCGUGGACAUGAAGGAAGGGGUAUUGGAUUAGGCCACAAGCUUCGUGCUUAUAACCUACAAGAUCAGGGAAGGGAUACCGUAGAAGCCAACGAGGAGUUGGGAUUGCCUGUUGACUCAAGAGAGUAUGGAAUUGGUGCUCAGAUAUUGAGGGACUUGGGUGUUCGUUCUAUGAAGCUGAUGACAAACAAUCCAGCAAAAUAUGUUGGGCUCAAAGGUUAUGGUUUGUCCAUUUCCGGUAGGAUCCCAUUGUUAUCAUUUAUCACUAAAGAAAAUAGGAGAUACUUGGAAACCAAACGAGUGAAAAUGGGGCACGUGUAUGGCUUGGAAUUUUCCAGCAAAUUGAAUCGUAGUGACAAUGGAAAUGGUAAUGCCGGUAGUAUUGAUGAUUCCAAUGCUGCUCCUGGCUCAUAA